AUGCGGACCCGUUCCCAGCCUCUUUCCCCCGGGGGAUACCAAUCCCUCGAUGACCUGCCUGCCCGUCGCCGCGCGACGCGAAGUGCCUCAUCGGCCGAGCCAACCACCGAGUCGCAGCCCGAAGCUGCUAAGACUCGCAAGCCCGAAGCCAAAAAGCGCACCACCACCAAGAAGACCACCCGCCGACCCCGUUCGAAGGUGGCCAAGUCCACUGUCCCUGAUACUAAGCAGACAUCACCGGCCUUGACUGAGCAGCCUAAGGCGCUCGUUAUGGCUUCUGCUGAUGAGCAGGACAUGUGUUCCGAUGCCCAGAUGGCCCGGAGUGCCACUGAUACCCCCUCUCGCCCCCCCCUCUCCAACAUCGUCAACAGCCGGGCCCUGGGCCCCCAGAAUGCGACUCCUAUUAUGCGUCGCCGCCCCCGAGUCCCCUACGCCAGCAUCACAGCUCGCCGCCGCAGUAAUGCUGGUGGUCGCGUAGUCAACACCCUUUUUCAGCUCGAGAGCCUUGUCAACCAGUCCUCCACCACCGAGUCUGCUGCGACAGACAACGAGGAAGAGACAGUCCCGAUUGCUCGUGAUCCUGCCACCCCAGAACCGAAUAUCCCCACCACUCCAAAGACUGCCCCUGCCGCUAGUACCGGUGCCUCUCCCAGCUGGUCCCGACGGAUCAUCAACAAUGUCUCCUCGCGAUGGUCAAGCUUCCGUGGACGAAUUAGUCCCCGAAAAUCUGGAGGCUCCCAGGAUUUGGUCGCCGAAGCUACUGCGCCAAGCACCAGCACUACCCACGUCAUUGCCUCCCGGCCAGAGGAGACGGGCGUGAGCACAGAGAUGGAGAUGGCGGUUGUGCCCAUGACGCCUGUGGCUGCAGCCAGUACACCCCGGCGUUCCUCGCUCUCACGCACCCGACGCCCGCGAGCACCGUCAUUUGAUUACUCUGCUCGCCCUGGUGGCGGUUUCAGCAAGGAUACACUCGAUAAGUGCUACGCACGAAGCCGUACUCUCCCACCAUCUGGAUUCCGCAAUGAAGCUUUGGAUGCGCUAGCAUCAGAGCUGGGCAACAAGCGCAAGCGCGAAUCUCCCGAGUCCAUCCCAAACCCGCCUGGCUGCAGCUACGGAAUGCACGAAGACUACUUCACGUAUGAUGAUGACGAUGAGGUAUGGGCGGAAGAAGAGAAAGCUCAGCAAGCCGCAGCGGCUGCCAAGGCUGCAGAAGCAGCAAAUGAAGAAACUAUACAGCCUCCUUUGAAGAAACAACGCGUGGCUCAAGAGCCAGAUCAGACGCGCCGCCGGCAUAUCCUCUCCCGUCAAACACCCCGAAAGGCCGAAAAUCGUCCUGGAUACGACCGCAACCGCCCUACGCGAUUGUACCAAGCCACCCACUUACCUACUAUUGAAUCGAGUGACUUCCUUUCCGAAGGCUCCCACGGACCGGAUGUCACUAAGACUCGCCCCAACAUUAACACAGCUCCCUUCACCGCAAACACACAAGGUACUUUCCAAACUCCCGGAUGGGAUUCUUCACCUUCGUCUUCCGACGAUGAAGAUUAUCCUUCCUCUGGCCCCCAGCCUGAGUCUACCACCACCCCAACUGGUAUGUAUCAGGCCAUGCCUUCAUCUCCAAACGGCAUCUUUCCGGUUUCAUCGCCGGCCCCAAGGACUUUUAGAAACCCGAACCCCCAUGGAACGUUCCGUACGCCAUACUCUUCCGACGAUGAAGACGACAUGGACGUGGACAUGGACAUGGAUUCACCACCAAACUCAAAUAUCGCAGGAGCUGACCCAAUGGAUGAAGAUACCUCACCUCCGGCCCGAACCAACGAUACGACCACCGAGACCCCUACUCAGAAUGACGAACCCGCCUUGCCCGCCACUGACCCCUCUCCCCUCACCCGAGUUCGCAACAAAGCCCAGCAAUUCAAACCUAAGACGCCGAGCCGCCUUCGCGAAGCCUCCCGUUUCUCGACCGGCAGCGCAAACUCCUCCCCUCCCACCAUCAACGAGACGAGGGCCACACUUUUCCCCUCCGCCACACCUCUCCCAGUCACCACCAGCGACCCUAUGUCGGUUGAUGGUUCCUCGUAUCUGCAAACAAAUAAAAUUGGCGACGACGAAUUGGUAGAUCCCGAAGAUCUGGAAAGCGUUGACCCCAAAUGGCUGGAUGAAAUUUGUCCUAGCGGAGACUUUGACAAACUCACCUGGCCUGAAAUCACCAGGAAGCAAACCGACGUUUGUCAAGAAUUGAUCUUGAUCAACAAUGUCAAGACAGAAGAGGCAGUGAAAUAUUGGGAAGAGUUGUUUCAAUCGGGAGACUGGUGA